GCUCCGGACGGCCGCGGCGGUGACUGUGGGUCGGAGGUCCUUGGUAUUUGAGGCGGUCUUCAACGACGGGCGGCAGGGAGAGAAGAUGGACCUGAGUUUGGCAAAAGCGGCCCCCAUCAGGAGGAAUCUUUUCGGACCGGUGGACCACGAACACUUGCAGCAGGAGUUCCAGAGCCUGAUGAGAUCCAGCAUGGAACAGGCGAAGCAACGGUGGAACUUUGACUUCUUCCAGGAGGUGCCCGUCGUGGGCCUUCUCCAGUGGGAAGAGCUGCAGGGCCACGAGGUUCCUGCCUUCUACCACGCGCACGUGGCCAGGGGGCCUCGCCCGCCUCUGCAGCCCGUGAACAGGACUGUGGGCAGAGAAGGGCCGGUGCACCCCCUGGGCAGAGAGGCGGAAAGAGCCAGGUCGAUCAAAACAGCCACGGGAGCGAAGAAGCGAAGACAGACGCAUUUGACAGAUUUGGUGAAGCUGGGCUUAAAAGCAGGCAAAGGUGGAAUAACACAAGCCUGGCCAUAUUUUGCUAAAUUGAUAUUAACUACAAAUUGGCUUUAUUCAGUGGCAUUCGGGAAAACCGUCAGAUGUCCCUCAGAUUAA